AUGUCGGCCACAUCCAGCUCGUUAUUUGUCCAGGACGAGGACGAUCACAAUAUGUCUGAAUCUGAACUAAACCAGACUUCUGGAGAGAUAACCGGCCCAUUCGAUCCAGAACAGCCACAAGAACCAGAAGAAGAUGACGAUCCUAUCAUCGAUUCGAUACCCCUUGUACUCAAUACCUUGCCAUCAUCUUCACAGUCUUUACAUGUGCUCCAAUACCCCGGAAGACCUGGAUCUCGUCCCCUUUCCGAUGGUAGCUACCGUGCCAGCUUCAAGCAAGAGUCCAAAUAUUUAGAAGUAAAAGUGCCACUUGACACAUCUAAAUUCUUCAAUGUGUCCAAAACCGAGGACUGGGGAGAAGACAUUGCAGUUCAGGGUUUACAGGGGGUAUUGAACAAGUCCGAAGGUGGAAUGUAUGUUGGCCAGAUAAUCGAAGAGAACGGCUCUAAGAAAAUAGUGCUUACUCCAGUGGACAGCACGGCUCAACUUAGGACUGCUUUCAAGUAUAUCGAUGAUCUCGAUGCUUCGACUCAGGCACAGAGAAAGGCAGAGAAUUCCGACUCCUCCAAAUCUUCCAAUAUCCAGAUCUUACAGACAGCUGCGAAAUCCGGCUCUCAGAUCACCAGUUCCGAGGGGUUUGGGAGUUCCUUAGGAGAAUCACUUAGACACGUCAAGAAGUUCGAUGAGGAACAAUGGUCUACAUUGAAAUGGGAAACUGUAACCAGUGACGUUUCACAAAACUUGAGGUCUACAUUGGCCAAUUCUGCGGACGGAAUAGAGUUGUCCACUGUUACUACCAUGGACGACUAUAUAGUAGAGCUUACUAAAGAUUAG